AUGUUACCUGCUGUCGCCCUUUUGUCACGAUGACUUGUUUGCAAGUGCGUCACUAUGGAAACAGUUUAGUAGCAAAUACAGGAAAGAGAAGGAACCGGAAGUAUGCCAUGUAAACCAACCAACUAGUUUUCUGCUUGUUCGUAAUAGUUCAGUGGGCAACUCUUACAACAAAAGUACAUUUCCGAGUCGACAUUUUCAAAAUGGGAACUACAGCAAGUCAACUUGGCAAGGACAUGCUCUCAGAAUAUCAAGAGCUGACAUUCUUGACAAAACAAGAAAUUCUUCUUGCGCACAAGAGAUUCACUGAACUGCUAACAAAGGAUGAGAAAGACCGUCCAAAUGUCAGAAUACCCACGGAGAGGAUUCUCACUCUGCCUGAGCUCAAGUCCAACCCUUUCAGGAAAAGAAUAUGCCAUGUAUUCUCAACCUCUGAGCAGAAAGAUGGAAGCCUCACAUUUGAGGAUUUUCUGUAUCUCUUGAGUGCCUUCAGCGACUCUGCUACUCUGGAAAUCAAAUCCCACUAUGCUUUCCGUAUAUUUGACUUUGACGAUGAUGGAACUCUUGAUUGUGGUGAUCUGGAGAAGCUGGUAAACUGCCUGACCGGUGAGACGGAUGAGACCAGACUAACCACCGAAGAAAUGAGACAGCUCAUCAACAAUAUUCUCGAAGAGUCAGACAUCGACAAGGAUGGAACCGUGAACCUCUCAGAGUUUCAACAUGUCAUUUCAAGGUCACCAGAUUUUGUCAGCUCUUUCAAGAUUGUGCUGUGAAGACCUACCAGGCUGUGCAGAAACCAUCACCCUUUAACCGUCUUAUGUUUAAUUUUCAGUCACUAAUUUUAAAUAUUUGCCUUAAAUUAUAUCGACCUGUGGAUUUUACUGCCUUAACUAUUUUAUGCAUUGUUUGUGAAAUAUAAAACCUGUGAUUUUUUUUAAAAUUUCUAUUAAGAAAAUUAAAAAACAUUU